AUGAAAAUAGUCUGCAGACAAUGCCGAGCAACCGCUUACGAGUACUACUGGUAUCUCGUAUGCAAAUAUAAGAAAGGAGACAAGACUGACCCAGGAAACUACAGGGGGAUCACACUGUUAAACACAGUAGGAAAAGUGUUCUGUAAGCUGCUGAACGAUAGGAUAGUGGGAGUAUUGGAGAAGGAACAUAGCAUUAGUGAGGGCCAGGCAGGUUUCCGCAAGAAGAGGGGGAGCGUAGACCACGUAUUCACGGUAGGGAGAAUCAUCCAAGGUAGUAAAAGGGCGGGAAAGCCGACGUACUGCUUCUUCCUGGACGUGAAAAAGGCAUACGACACCGUAUGGAGAAAUGGGUUGCGGAAACAACUGUCCAAGUACGGGAUCAAGGGGAAAAUGUGGAGAGUGCUGAAGAAGAUGACAGAGUGCACGAAAAGCGCGGUCAUGCUAGACGGAGAACUGUCAAAAUUCGUCGACAUUGAGCAGGGGGUCCCACAAGGUUGCACGCUGUCCCCAGCAUUGUUCCAGGUGUUCAUCAACGAUCUGUUGGAAGUCGUAGAGGCAGUCCGGAAGGGAGUAACAGUAGGGGACACGGAAACGUCGGUUUCGGGAAUGCUGUUUGCGGAUGAUUUUGUAGGUAUGUCGGACACCCCUGAGGGAAUGCAACUGCAAAUUGACGCGGCGAAGUUUACUGAUAGGUGGAGAUUAUCUGCCAACGUUAGGAAGAGUGCCGUCAUGGUAUGCAACGAGAACAAGGAGGAACCAGUAGAACAUAGAUGGAAGUGGGGGAUCGAGGGGAUUGCAGUAGUGGACCAGUACACAUACCUCGGAGUAGAGAUCGCAAAAGACUGCUCGUGGAAUGCACACAUGUCCAAGGUAGCGGAAAAGGGCAAAGCACGAGCAGGGAAGCUGCACCCAAUACUCGCAAACCGGCACCUCGAUACACGCAUCAAAUUGACGGUUUUGAAGAGCGUAAUCGUACCGCCGCUAGAGUACGCCGGAGAAGUAUGGGAAGGAAAUAAGAAGGUAGUGAAAGAACUCGAGGCGGCGCAGAUGAAAGCAGCGAAAACCAUCCUAGGAUGCUCCAGGCGCACAAGUAAUGCAGCCGUGAGGGCAGAAUUGGGGAUCCAAUCCCUACGGUCGGGAAGAGACGCGAGGAAGCUGAC